GUGCUCCAAGCCUAAUAUCAGUCAGAAGUUCCUAGAAUGGCUUCCUAGAAUGGCGUAUGGACUAACUUAAUUCGGUCCACUGAGCCAAUUUUGCACCAAACCAAAACCUAGUACAUAUGUGAAACAUUUUUCGUUUUUAUAUAUUUCUGGUAUAAAUAGGAUAAUGGCCACAUCAUUAGCAGCACAACUUAAGAAACUGCGAACUCCACAGACAAAUUUAUUACUGCAGGAUAAAAAACGUCCCAGUUUGCUGUUUGAUCCAAAAGAAGCUGCGAAUUUGGAUCGAGAUACCGUACUGAGUAUAGGUCAGAAUGGUCUAGAUGAAUUAGUAAAACUCUCCUCAGUCUUUGAUGACUUCAGAACAACACUAUUUGCUCAAAGUGCUGUGAAUUUUGAACGUGCUGUUCAAGAUAGUACAGUAAACAAAAAGCUUGACUUAGAGAUCACCAAGUUUUUGAUUUUACUAUCUCCAUACUUUUUACUGAAUCCCACUCACAAAGCUCUAGAAUGGUUGAUACACAGAUAUCACAUCCAUCAAUACAAUCGAGAUCAAUUUAUUCUCCUAAUACUGCCGUAUCAUGAGACUCGCAUGUUUGUUAGAGCUUUGCAGUUGGUGAAUCUGUCAGAUGAAAAUGACAAAUGGAACUGGCUGGCGCUUCUGCAGAAACGUCGUAUUCCAAUGUCUUCGGAAAGUCUUGUUGCUCGUUUGAGUACAGAUAACGGACUUCUGAAGACACUGUGCAAUCAUGUGAUAACUGCCACGGAUACUUACUCCCAGCAAGCCACUUGCUUGAGCACGUUGUAUGCGUUUUACACUACUUCGGUGUUGGGUGUAAUUCAACAAGCGUCAACUGUUACCGAGGUUCAGAUAAAUCACAUUCUGCCUGCUCUUUUGCGUGGUCUGAGAAGUCCUAUUGCUGAUUUCACCUCCAGCAGCUACAUGAUAAUCGCAACAGUCACGACAAGGAUGAUGUUUAAUGCCGAUACUAUGGAGAAGUUAUUGUUGAAGACCUUCAAGAAGACACACUUGAAGAAAGAAGCUACAACUCUCUUGCUCUAUCUCUAUCAAUCUCCGUUUAAUCGUCUAACCGUUGUGCCACAAAGUUUAGUUCAUCGGUUGUCCGAUCUGUCUUGGUUCGUCGAAACCGUAAGCGAUGUUCACUCAACGGGUGUCAAUGCGUCUCGAUUCGUUGUAUGUUUUCUUCAAGAAGCUUGUAAGAUCGUUACCGAAGAUCCCCAAAACACCGCCGGUAUUCAAAGCACGAUCGACGAUAUGUUGGUGCGCGUCAAACUCGACAACGACGCAGUAGACGCCAUCUUGACGAGCGUGCUAACAUGCGAAUUUUUCAAGAGUGAGGCUUCGAAAAUUGCGAAGGAUUUCCUGGCGCGGUUCUAUCAGAGCUUCGAACGCAGCUAUCCCGAAAGGUUUGACAAGUAUCUGAAAAAUCUGAUGAAACGAAGCGAAAACGAUCAAGAUUCGAAACAAACGUUGAGCUUUCUGACUUCCUGGCCUUUUGGCACUAAGGACACGCAAGAGUCCGUUGAGGUGUUGAACAAAUUAACGCAUAUCCACGCCGCUCAGCGUAUGACUGCUCUCGAGAUUCUCGCCAAGGAUGACAUGAACGUGCCCGAGAACUUUCGCGGAAUGAUGACGACCACGCUUCAAGCCAGAUUUUGCGAUAAUGAUGUAAACGUCGUGAAGACCUUGCUGUCUUUUUCCACAAAGAAAUUAAUCAGUCUGAUGCCUACUGAUACUUUGGUAGAUGAGCUGGUGGUUUUGCUGUCAACGUGUCACACAGCUUCGAGAAAAGUGCUUGCAAGGCCGGCAUUGAAUAAACUUCUGGAACUUUGCGACGAAAAUGACACUAGUGUUUUCAUCAUCGCUCUGUCGUAUCUCUUUCCGGCUGUGAACGAGGAUGUGAAAGUUGCGAUGGAUGUGCUUCACUCGAACUUUGCCAAGAACAACAUGUACAUGCAGCGCGUGUUAGAGGAUAUUACCAAAUCCGGAACGAAUCCGAGCGCCGAGACGAUCUCUUCGGCAGCUUUUCACAACAUCUUGAACUAUGAGCUGUUGCCGCCUACAGAGAAUAUAUUGAGUUCUAUGCAACAACAGAUCUCGCACGGUGACGCGGCGUCUCUGUUCUUCAACAUGAUCCUACUGGGAUCGGUUUGUAGAGUGCCCGUGGGUUCGAUGCCGGCCGAGGUCGCGCGAGUUGUUAUCGAAAUGGCCACGGAAAUGAUAAGAAUGUAUCCACGCGUUAAGCUGCUACGUGACUGUUACAACAUCACUGGUGACAACAUCCAGGAAGCUCUCAAGUUGACGUCCGAAGGCGUGCUGCCGCUGCAGGUGGGCACUUAUGUUCUGGAGAUGGUGCACAGACGAUUGAACAUCAAAUCCGAGCCGAAGCUCGACUUCGACGACAACUCGGAGCGUAGCAAUCUGAUUCUGCGAUUGCUGGAGAUGUUCAUUGAGGGUAUGGCCAAUCGUCAUUGGCAGAAACAUUACUCUAGAUGCUUGCACAUCUUCUUCCGGCUGCAUUUUGCCACGGUAAAAGAUCUCAUCUGUUUCCUCGCGCAGUUGUAUAUGAAACCCGUCAAACUACAGACGUCCUAUUAUUGCCUGCAAAUGUCUCUGCUGUUGCUAGACCAGUGCGAAUCUAUUCAGUGGGCGUUUCAGGAUCAAGAUUUUGUGACAAAUCUGUUACUUUCGCUGGCAAGACGCCACAACGACUGUCGUGCAGUUGCGGUAGACAUAUUGCAGAAACUGAUGCAGAGCUUCAGUUUAAACUCGGAACCGUUCUUCGUGCUGCUGCAGGAGCUGGCGACAAAGAGCACUGAAAUUGCCCAAGAUCCCGAUCAGCUCUCGUUAAGCCUCUAUGUUCUUCUCUCGCCGGAUCCAGACGUUUCUCAUCAAGUAAAGCAACGCAAGAAACUUCAGCAGGCGCAAAAACUGCUGUUCGAUGUGGUAACGCAGCAGAACGGAGCAUCGAAUAUUUCUAUGAAUCGAAGAUCGCAGCUUCUCGAUAUUCUGACGUAUGUCAACAGCAGCGAGAUUCUUCAGCGAUUGGUUCAGUUGGGUCUCGAGCUUCUGCAGAAGCUAGCGGAAGAGCCUAACAAUCAGCCAGCCGGUAACGCUUUGCGAAAUAUAUUGCAACGUUUCACCAGCACCACAGUCGACGCGCUGAAAGACGAACAAGUGUGGCGGUUCUUCGAGAUGAGCAUGUCAGAGCACGAGCCGCGAGCGGUCACGGAAUCCGGCAAGCUAACGUCGCCGAGCAUCGUGUUGCUAAAGCAGAUCGACGAGCCGUUUUUCCGGAACGCCGGUGAAAAGUCUCACGAUCUUCAGGCAAAGAUUCUAUCUAAGAUGCUGGAUGUAGUAACUGAUUGCGAAAUCAGCAACGUCAUUUCCGCAGCGGGAAAAGCGAUUCGCCGGAUUCGAAUCAACGCAACGAUUAUCAUAUCGGAAUUAGAAGCGAUGAAGCUAAGCAGUCAAGCAGCGGAAGAAGAGGAAUCUAAAAAACUCACGGAAAGUGCAAAGAAGCGGAAGAAGCGGCAGAGUCAGAUACGUCUAGCCAAUCCAGCGAUGGUUCACACGCGGGCGUGGAAACGUGGUGUCGCUUUGUUGGAAUUUAUUCAAGAUGCCGACAAUAUCGAGCACGAAGAAUUGUUGUACAAUGUGCUGUUCGAACUGUUGAACGUCUGUUUGAGUCUAGAGGAGCAGAGUCCGGUCGAGUACACGAAUCAACUGUUACUGUCAACGCUUCACCGACUCAUGACAAAGGGUCUACCAGUGCGCGAUGCCAAUCUCCAAAUUGUGCUUAUUACCAAAAGUAUCAGGACAUCGCGCAAUCCGCAAACGCACCAUCACGCGCUACUAGUACUGAUCGAACUGCUGAAGAAUGUGGACGUGCGUCGCGCUCUUUACAAUAUCAUGCCAAUCUUUACGUUUAUGGGCAACACUGUCGUGCGCCAAGACGACGCUUAUUCAAUCCAAAUCAUUUCCAAGACCUUGGAAACCAUGGUGCCGAUUGUGAACGCGAGCAGCGACGAGAUGCAAGCCUGCGAGUUGCUAAGAACCUUCAUCGUCUCGUUGCCGCAUAUACCCGAGCACAGACGGACGCCGCUCUUCGCUAAACUGCUGCAAUUACUCGACAAUUAUCUACAUCUGUACUAUUUGCUGACAUUUGAGAGUCACGUGAUGGCGAACCAGAAGAGCGAAAAACCGCCGCAACAUUUGGACUUUGCUCUUCAGAUGUCCCGGGAGUUCUCUCCGCUACGCUUACUUCAGGUUUGCGUGAAUGUAACGGAAUUCCUCAAGGAUUUGCCGAUCGACAUUGAGGAGGAACACGACAGAAGGAUAGCAAUGAAUUUUAAGCAGAAGCACAUUUACGACGUGACUAAGACCACGCCGAAAGGUUUGCGACUCUAUAAGAUGACGGCUGUGCAAUUUCUCAGCAACUUGAUGUCGUCUCAGGAUUUCAUCAAUCGCGUAGCUCUACUGAAUCCGGAAGAAACGAACAAGAUAAAUAAAUACUACGAUCGUUUGGCGGUUGAGCUGAUUUUGUUGAUUCAGACCACCUCAAAGAUCGCCGAUCAACACCACAGCAAGCCGAGCGCUAAGUACUGGAAGGUGUUGCUGCAUCAUCUUUACGACGUGCUGGAUGUGGUGAACAACUUGAUGCCAAACGUCUUGUUCCUGAACAGUGUCAAUUAUCUGAUCAAACACGAGUUGUUGUCGGUGCGGAAGAAGGCGCUGGAGCUGUUGAAUACGAGACUUCUUCAAAGAAAGUUCGGCGAGGAUGAUUACAAGAAUCUUCUGCGUAUGAUGAAAGGUUUGAUAGGUUUCCUUGACUGCUCUGAGAAAACUGAGAGCCAGGAACAAGAAAUUGUUCAACAAACGGUUCUGAUUACCUUGAAACUGUUGGCGAAACUACUGGCUGUUGAUAAUCCCGAUGAUUUUAAACCGAUACUCGAUAUAACGACGGAACUGUUGCGCUCGAAGGACGGUCCAGUAUUAGCCAGUGCGGCGUUAUGUGUCGCGGAAUUGUGCAGUUCUAUGAAAACAUACGCUCUGUACUCGCUGAAUAAAUUCUUGCCUGCAAUUCUGGAGUUAUUAAAGACUCACUGCCAUCAAAACGUGCCGGACAUGAUAAUUGUCAGUAUCGUGAGUGCUUUACAGAAGAUAGUGGAGUCUCUUGGAAAUUUCUUAUCACUUUAUUUGGAUCAACUGUUGCAUGAAGUAACUAGGCUGAGUUCCUUGUAUACCGACACGGAACAUCCCAAGACUGGCGUCAUAGUUUCACGGCUAAAGACGAUAUCACAAAAACUGUCUUGUUGCAUACCUCUGCGAGUGCUAUUGCCAGGUGUCAAUAGAACCUAUCAAGUUCUUUUAACUAAGAAAUCCUAUCAAUGUAUAUCACCGUUGAUGAACGUGUUGGCCGAGUCUUUCAACAACGUGCAGCCGAUGGAGUUGAAGGUCGAGAUCGACAAUCUCGCCAAAUUUUUCCUUGAGGUUCUGGAGUUUCGCGAGAACAUCAACGUCGAGAACAACAUGGAAGUGGAUGGUGACGAGGACAUUGCCUUGAAAAAUAUUGUCGCGGUUGAGGAAAGCGCCAGUAAGGCGUUGGUAGCUCUAGUCCUGAAGCUCAGUGAAGUUACUUUCAAGCCGUUGUACGAGAAGCUCUAUCAAUGGGCGGCAAAUAACACGCAGCACAAGCAGCGUAACAUAACUUUCUAUAGAUUAUCGGCGAAUAUAGCGGAAUGCUUGAAGUCGCUGUUCGUUCUGUUCGCUGGACUGUUCUUGAAACACGCGGCGUCAUUACUGAGCAGUAACAAUACUUUCGUCAUGGAAACUCAUCAGGAACUGACGCUGGUCAACGAAUCGAGCAGAAUUGAGUUGGUAGAGGCGAUUCUGUUGACGCUUCACCGAGUGUUCGAUUACGACGCGCACAAUUUCGUCAGUCAGGAUCGAUUUGAAAUUCUCAUGCAGCCAAUAGUGGAUCAAGUGGAGAACACGAUUGGCACUAGGGAAGAGUACGAGAGUCGAGCCAGUCGAUUGAUCGUACCGUGCGUAGCUUCUUUCGCGAGCGCCAUUCCCGACGACUCGUUGCACAAACAACUGGUCUAUCAAACGCUGCUGAAGACCAGACACGCGAAACCUUACGUCAGAAGCACCGCUCUGAACGCAUUGGUGGAAAUUGCGAGAAAACUCGGAGAAGACUUUAUGCCGUUGUUGCCAGAGACCGUGCCGUUCUUGGCGGAGCUUUUGGAGGACGAGGACGAAGCUACGGAAAAGUGCGCGCAAAAUGCUGUUCGCGCACUGGAAGAGAUUUUAGGAGAACCUUUACAGAAGUAUUUUUAAAUUUGAAACAAGCAAUUAAGUAAUCAGGAGACACACACUAAAAUAUACAAAGGUUGUCCGACAAUUACUUUAACAUCUCUUGUAGACGGGUAAUAGUUACCGAGAUUUUUAUUAAUUAAGAUCUCGGUAAUUAUUACAAAUCUCGCAAAAUGGUACAGGACUCUUCGACUCAAUCUUACUCCUACCUGCUUACGAGAGAUGUUGAAGUAAUUGUCGGACACUCUGUAUACUUGUGAAUAUUUAUGUAAAUACAUUUGUUUUGUGUAAU